AUAUCCUAUCCUAUAAAUAGUAAGUCAUAUGGUUUUUCAUAUCCAAACCACCACCCCUUCUAAAAGUUUAAUUAUACACAACCAUGUCAACAACAUUAAUCAAAAUUACAAGCCUUAGCCUUAUGUUAUGUCUUUUCAUGUCCAUAAAAACAUUGGCACAAUCCGAAAAUGAAAAAAUUCUUGACACAAAAGGCCAUCCUCUUGAACGUGGCAAAGAGUAUUACAUAAAACCAGCUAUAACCGAUAGUGGUGGCCGUUUCACUUUAAUAGAUAGAAACGGUUCAUGCCCUUUAUAUGUAGGUCAAGAAAAUACAGAUCUUGGAAAAGGGUUACCCGUUAUUUUUACUCCUUUUGCGAAAGAAGAUAAAGUUAUUAAGGAUAGUAGGGAUUUUAAGGUGAAAUUUUCAGCUUCUUCAAUUUGUGUACAAUCCACUGAAUGGAAAUUAGGUGAUAGAGAUACUAAGAGUGGAAGAAGGGUUAUUAUAGCUGGAAGUGAUGGUAGUUAUUUUAGAAUUGUGAAGGCUGAAUUUGAAGGUGUUUAUAAUAUUAGGUUUUGUCCCACGGAUACAUGUUCCUUUUGUAGAUUUGAUUGUGGUUUUGUUGGUGGUUUACGUGAGAAUGGGAAGAUUUUAUUGGCUUUGGAUGGUGGUGUUCUCCCAGUUGUGUUUGUGAGAGCAUAAUGUGUUUAUAUUGGAUGUAGAUCUUGCUUGUGUUUGUAGUACUAUUUAAGUUUGUGUUUGUAAUUUACAUCCUCCGUCACUAAUAUAAGCAAAAAUUUACUUUUUAGAUACAUUCAAUUAAUGAUAUAUGUGGUCUUUAUUAUAUGUCACAUACAUCAUUAAUUGAAUGUAUUUAAAAAAUGAAUUUUUGCUUAUAUUAGUAACCGGAGUAUGUAUACUUGUAGCUUUGUUCUUGUAAUUGGUUAAUUGUGUGUUCAUAAAGGUGGCAUUUAGGGUGGGUGAGGGAAAGAGUUUCCUACCAUGGAAAAAUUUGAUUUUGACUAUUAGAUUAAAUUAAGAACAUAUUCUUAUCAUCGUCUGUCCACAUCAUAACUUUUCUCAUUUUGUCUUUAACCUCCGUCAUCCACCCUUUCUUCCACCACCCUUCUCUCUUCUACCGCUACUCACCCACCACCACGGAUUCAUGUUACCCCAACCUCACUGGAUUUGUGUUCUACAUAGCGUGAUCCUGUACUGUUCUACUUCAUCUUGCAUUAUGGCUAUCUUGACCGGAGAGCCACCACACACCACCACAGACAAGUUUCCGGCCACCGCUUCCGGUCGUGAUGUCUCUUUUUUUAACUAAUAAUAAGAAAUUUUAAUUUAGUUUGA